CAGUGCACAGUAGACCGUGAUGGUGUGAGGACGCUCGCCGCCCCUACUCCCUGGAUUACCACAUAAAAGUGUUUCUCUUCAUACAAACACCGUCAAAAGUGUCGUCACCAUGCGGAUACCUUUCCCUGCUCCUCGCCUGCACGCUGCUGCUGGGCCCGCUCACCCGCACACAGGUCCUGGCCAGCAGCAGCAGCAGCAGCAGCAGCAGGACCAGCAGAAGCUCAGCAGACGACUUGUACCUGGAUGACUUCGGCUCGGGGGAGGGACCUGACGGGCUGCCUGAGGUGACCCAGACUUACCUGGACCACGAGGGGUCAGGCUACGGUCCUACCAGCGACAGGUCGUCUCCCUACGGGGCCGUGUACGACACUGAUGACACGGAGGACGACUACGAUGACUACCCUGAGGAGAUAGACGAGGUCAUCAUUGAGGGCUCUGGCGUUUUUAUAGAUGUGGACGACUCUGACAGGGAAAUAGAAGUCAAAGAAGAGGUCAUCGUCCAGGAGGGCCCACGGGAUAACGAGGCGCCGCCGCCCCCACCGGCGCCUGAGACCACUCCGCCGCCCACCAUGACAGACCGCAGUGGGCAUGGCAACAUAGAGAGUCCUUUCCAGAUCCACACUACAAUGACUGAGGAAAGACAGGUCUCCAUCUUUGCACAGCCCGGCAUCCUCGCAGCCUUCAUCGGGGGUGCCGUGGUGGGGUUGCUGUGCGCCAUCCUCCUCGUGAUGUUCAUCGUGUACCGCAUGAGGAAGAAAGACGAAGGUUCCUAUCCACUGGACGAGCCAAAACGAAUGCCCCUCACAUCAUCCUACUCACCCAACGACAAGGAGAUCUACGCCUAACUCAUCCGCCCCCCCCCACACACCCAUACACCCCCCGCUCCCUCCCGGCACCCUCCCACAGGUGCCAGACAAGCGGUCACACACACACACUUUUCUCAUUUCAUAUCUCCAUCACCCGUCCCUUAAUCAUCCCCUGUCUUUUAUCAGCUCCCCUUUUUCAGCUCCCCUUUGUAACCUGCCACCCCUCUCGUCAUGCUCACGGCUCCCCCCAUCCCUCCCCUGUGCAUCCCCCUCCCUCACACCCCCUCACUUUUUUGCCUGGGGUGUGGGGGGGGUGUCUGACAUUCUGUACCAUGUAGAGGAUGUAUAGUACAGGAGAGCAUAGGUUUUUUGUCCCCCCUCCCCCCCAUUUGCCCCCCAUGUCCCCCAUGCACUAAAUGUACACACAUACGCACAUACCCUCCCCCCAUUAACAUACGCACAUAUGUACACAUCCUCCCUGCACUCAACGACUGUCCCCUUUCUUAGUGUACACACACAUGCAUACAUACAGACAUAUUUUUCCGGUCACACAUGGUUAAUUGUCAGAAGGAAGCUAAGGUUACAGCUCUCCUCCUCCUCCUCCUCCUCCUCCUCCUCCUAAGAAGAAGAAGAAGAAGAAGAAGAAGAAUUGACACUAGCAUCAGUCUUGUAUGUCUGGGCCAAGGUUCGUGACAGAGAUAACAAGAGAGAUGACAGAUUAGUACCAACUCUCAGAUCUCACUGUGUCUUUCAACCAUCAGACACAGACAAACUACCUUCUGAUCUCCCAACUCCUCUGUCUCUUAAUGGCCGAGUGUUUCAGAAGGAAGAGACAGGUACAUCAUUAUUAACCUUUCUAUUCAUCCCUUCACCCAUUCACUGCUAUUCACAUCUUUACAUCACUAACACAAACUGACACAUUUCCUUAUUCUACAGCCACCUCUUAGACAUUCCUACAAACUGCAAACCCAUUCUUUUCAUCCCCUUUCUUGUAGACGCUUAUAAAAACACCCCUUAUCAUUGCAUACCACACUGAGAGGGACUGAGAGGGUUACUGUUGGCCAUGUGCUUCCUCUAAGGCUCAGUUCAGUGGGUGUCUCAAGCUCAGAUCACAACAGGGUACCGAGGGAGGGAGAGAGGGAGCAGCGUGGGUGUUGGUUAAAGCCACAGGCCCCCUCAGCACAAAAUUGUCACAUUUAAGCUUUGGUUCAGCCCUACAGAGACAUACUAACACUAUUUUAUCCUUCCUGUUUAUGCUUAUUCCUCCUAACUACUUCUUUCUUCCAUCUUGUUUAAUGGUCUCCUCCUUUCCUCUCCUUUAUCCCAUCCUUCCUUUCCUUCUCUUCCUCUUCAGCCUUACAGAGACAUACUAACACUAUUUUAUCCUUCCUGUUUAUGCUUAUUCCUUCUAACUACUUCUUUCUUCCAUCUUGUUUAAUGGUCUCCUCCUUUCCUCUCGUUUAUCCCAUCCUUCCUUUCCUUCUCUUCCUCCUUGCUUACUUUCAUCUCUCUUCCCUUUCCUCCCUUAUUUUCUUGUCUGUGGGCAGUGAAGGGAAGAUAAAGAGGGGAAGUGAAAUAGUGAUGAUGUUCUGUUGACUUGGUGAAGAGUUUGUCCUCAUGUUAGACUUUGUGAAAAUGUUGUGUUGUCUUUUUGUUUGAACGAUCUAUAAUUUGUUCCUUGAAAUUUACGUUUUUUUUUUCUCUUUUUUUUUUUCUUUUUUUUUUCUUUUUAAGUGGAAAAUGCACUUGGGAUAUGUUUGAUUCCAUGACGAUUUAAAUGUCUGUUGAUUUUGUGGGUCUUGACAACGGGAAGGAGUUAUGGGGAAGUAGAGGAAAAGGAGCUGAAAGUUUUGUGCCUCUUGUUGAAUGCUCCUACAGUUGAGAGUUAUCAAAAGGAGGAAAGGAUGGAAGGAACAAAGAAAAUAAAAGUAGAAAAAGAUGAAAACUUAUAGAUUAGAAAAUAAAUAAGGAGAAACAGGAAAAGGAGAAUAUUUAUACAUUUCAAAGAGGAGGAAGACGAGGAGGAGGAUAAUCUACUAGAGACAGUAACCUAAGCAGCCGUCAUCCGUCUUUUAAUGGGAAAAUGAGUCGGCCACCUCCUUGGUCCACAGUGUAAGGAGGAAGCACCACCGAGGCCAGACAGACGGACGGACAGACAGACGCUGCCACCUUCUGCGUGUGUGUAGGAGUGUGGCUGUAGUGUUUUGUUCUUUGCCAAGGUCUACAUGUGUCACUAAAAUGGAAGACAUGGUUUAUACAAGGAAGAUUUUCUCAAUGUUCUUUUGGGAUGUAAUAAAGAAAAUUGAAAUGUUUCUUGCUUGUAAUUAAGGAUUUAUUAUCAUUUUUUUUUAUUGAUUUAUUAAUUUUUUGUUAUGUUUAAUGGGGAAAUUUUGUGGUGGAUGUUUAUUGUUUUGGUAUUAAGGUUCAGAGGGGAAAAUUAUUCAGUGAUGCUUGUAAUUAGGUGACAGUUAGGGACAGUACACGUGCAAUUAAGGGAAACAUUGCAGAGUAGCGCGGGAAAACACAGGUGAGGGACGUUUAGGGUAAA